GAUAAGAAAGGACGUGAACAACUCAGAAACCAGGUAUCUUUUUGCUGUGGACAGUGUGCAUCCCCCUUCUGAUCUGGGUUACCCUCAGCCGGAGAGGAACAGCACAUGUGAAGGUCUUCAACACUGUGCACGGCUCUACAGGCAGCCACACGAUGGUCCCCAAACUCUACGUCCUCGUGCUCGUUAUCACUAUAGGCGGUGGUCUCAGCCAGACCGCUGACACGGACUACGCUACUCAACAUGAGUCCUCACCUCACAAAGAGACAUCCCUAAAGGAAAACCUAAUCGCCCUGCAGGCUGACAGCGACGACCCCACUGAUGGAAACCAAAGCAACAACACUGCGUUGUUCGAGCAAAUCCUAAUGACAGUACCCGAAACGUGCCAGAACAGAUUCCACCUUUGUGGUUCUCUAAAUCCAGCAUCCAAAACACUCAUCGAACAAGGCCAGUUCUGUACAGUACUGUCAAAUCCUUUGGCCAAACUGUGUCUUGUUAGUAUGGGUCCCUGCACAGAUGAAGAUUUCAAAUCCGUCAAGACACAGUCAUGUUCAGAAGAACAUAAUUUUCCAUCUCCUACCCAACAGACACAAGCACCUACCCAACAGACACAAGCACCUACCCAACAGACACAAGCGCCUACCCAACAGACACAAGCACCUACCCAACAGACACAAGCGCCUACCCAACACAUCCAGAGCGUCAAUCAAAACAACACUGCGUUGUUUGAGCAAAUCCUAAAGACAGUACCCGAAACGUGCCAGAACAGAUUCCACCUUUGUGGUUCUUUAAAUCCAGCAUCCAAAACACUCAUUGAACAAGGCCAGUUCUGUACAGUACUGUCAAACCCUUUGGCCAAAUUGUGUCUAGUAGGUAAGGAUUUUUGCACAGACGAAGACUUCCAAUCUGUCAAGACACAGUCAUGCCCUAAAGAAAAUGUCCCUUCACCCCCUACCCAACAACCCCACACGUCUACGCAACAGACACAAGCUCCUACCCAACUAACCCAGAGCCCCAGCCAAAACAACACUGCGUUGUUCGAGCAAAUCCUAAAGACAGUACCGGAAACGUGCCAGAACAAAUUCCAUAGUUGCGGUUCUCUAAAUCCUUCAUCCAAAACACUCAUCGAACAAGGCCAGUUCUGUACAGUACUGUCAAAUCCCUUGGCAAAAUUGUGUCUUGUUAGUAUGGGUCCCUGCACAGAUGAAGAUUUCAAAUCCGUCAAGACACAGUCCUGUUCAGAAGAACAUAACUCUCCCUCUCCUACCCAACAGACACAAGCACCUACCCAACAGACACAAGCACCUACCCGACAGACACAAGCACCUACCCAACAGACACAAGCACCUACCCAACAGACACAAGCGCCUACCCAACACAUCCAGAGCGUCAAUCAAAACAACACUGCGUUGUUUGAGCAAAUCCUAAAGACAGUACCCGAAACGUGCCAGAACAGAUUCCACCUUUGUGGUUCUUUAAAUCCAGCAUCCAAAACACUCAUUGAACAAGGCCAGUUCUGUACAGUACUGUCAAACCCUUUGGCCAAAUUGUGUCUAGUAGGUAAGGAUUUUUGCACAGACGAAGACUUCCAAUCUGUCAAGACACAGUCAUGCCCUAAAGAAAAUGUCCCUUCACCCCCUACCCAACAACCCCACACGUCUACGCAACAGACACAAGCUCCUACCCAACUAACCCAGAGCCCCAGCCAAAACAACACUGCGCCAGUUCUGUACAGUACUGUCAAAUCCCUUGGCAAAAUUGUGUCUUGUUAG